UGUCCCAGGCUGUUGUCAGGAUGGUGAAGCUGUUCAUCGGAAACCUGCCCCGGGAGGCCACAGAGCAGGAGAUCCGCUCCCUCUUUGAGCAGUAUGGGAAGGUGCUGGAAUGUGACAUCAUUAAGAACUACGGCUUUGUGCACAUAGAGGACAAGACGGCGGCUGAGGAUGCCAUCCGCAACCUGCACCACUACAAGCUGCACGGGGUGAACAUCAACGUGGAAGCCAGCAAGAAUAAGAGCAAGGCUUCCACCAAGUUACACGUGGGCAACAUCAGUCCCACUUGUACCAACCAGGAGCUUCGGGCCAAGUUUGAGGAGUAUGGUCCUGUCAUCGAAUGUGACAUCGUGAAGGAUUAUGCCUUCGUACACAUGGAGCGGGCGGAGGAUGCGGUCGAGGCCAUCAGGGGCCUUGACAACACAGAGUUUCAAGGCAAACGAAUGCAUGUGCAGUUGUCCACCAGCCGUCUUCGGACUGCCCCUGGGAUGGGAGACCAGAGCGGCUGCUAUCGGUGCGGGAAAGAGGGGCACUGGUCCAAAGAGUGCCCAGUAGACCGCACGGGGCGUGUGGCGGACUUCAGCGAGCAGUACAAUGAACAGUAUGGAGCAGUGCGUACGCCUUACACCAUGGGCUACGGGGAGACCGUGUAUUACAACGAUGCCUAUGGAGCGCUCGACUACUAUAAGCGUUACCGGGUCCGCUCUUACGAGGCAGUGGCAGCGGCAGCGGCAGCGUCCGCGUACAACUACGCGGAGCAGACCGUGUCCCAUCUGCCUCAAGUCCAGAACACAGCUGUAACCAGUCACCUCAACCCCGCUUCUGUCGAUCCUUACGACAGACACCUAUUGCCAAACUCGGGUGCUGCCGCCACCUCCGCUGCCAUGGCUGCAGCCGCUGCCACCACCUCCUAUUACGGACGGGACAGGAGCCCCCUGCGGCGCACUGCAGCUGUGCUCCCCACGGUCGGAGAGGGUUACGGUUAUGGGCCAGAAAGUGAGCUGUCUCAGGCAUCAGCAGCUGCCCGGAAUUCUCUGUAUGACAUGGUUCGGUAUGAGCGGGAGCAGUAUGUGGACCGAGCACGGUACUCAGCAUUUUAA